AUGUCCAAGGCCGUGACGAAGACGAGCACGGCGGCGAGGGUGACUGUCUUGACCAGCCUCCCGGUCUCCCUCGCGUGGCGCUCCGCUGGCUCCCGCUGGGCGCAGGACGGCAUGCUGGCCGAGUCCUCCCGCAUCGCGCCGCUGCUGCUCGGCUCGCUGUUGCUCUGCGUCGUGCUUCUCUUCCUCCUCCUCGCGGUGCACGGCCGCGCGGAGGCCCGCAAGGUAUGCAACAAGGGGUAUGCCAGCGCCGCCCUUCCGGGAGUCUUUUCCGGGUUGACCUUCGUGCUUGAAAAUUUCGCGCUCGCGAACGGCCUCAGCGCGACCUUGGUGGUUCUGCUCAACAAGCGAUUCUGCUGGGCGUCCUCGGGGAGAUUUGGUUGA